ACUAGUAGACUCAAACUGGGCUGAAAAAUUAUAAAAAAAAGCGGGUCUCAUGACGACGAACCCAAUCGUCAUCACGGGUCCCCUCAAUCUGUUUACUUCUCUCUCAGUUACGCAAUCUGUUAUUUGACCUGCUUCCAAGGCAUAGUUCCCUCUUGUACUGUGUUUCACUUCAUUUGAAUUCCCCGACGGUCACAAGUUACAGGAUUCAACAACAUCCACCAUGGGUUUUGCUUCCAAGAUUGCCGGCAGUCAAAACCCACAGAACAUGAGUGGUAACAGCUCGGGGCCACCUGGAGGAGCGCCUCCCACAGGCUACACGGGCGGUCCUCCUGCAGCGCUGCAACCUGGUGGUGGUGCUCCCAGUGGAUACAAUGCUUACCCAGGCUCUCCUGCUCCAUCCGGCAACUCGGGACCAGGAUAUCCUCCGCAGAGUGCACCUUAUCCCGGUGGUCCCGCGCGCGGAACACCUGGACCACCUGGACCACCUGGACCUCAAGGUGCUCCCUAUGGCCCUCCAGGAGGCGCGUCUCCCGCUCCUCGAGCCACCGAGCAGCAGGUAGCCGCCUAUCGCCAGCUUCUAAUUGGCACCAUCCAGGAGAAGAAUCUCCAAAACUUCUAUCCCCCCGAGAAGUUGAAUUUACUCGUCCAAGGUCUGGCCAACGAUGCACCGGCUAAAAUCAAUAAGAUCAUACAUGAAUGGGGAGUGCCGACAGAGGUAGCUACGGAUAUCAUUAAAUUGUCCCUCUUCGAUAUCAUUCUUUACGUAGAUGACAGUGGAUCUAUCGAAUUUGAAGAGAGAGGCGUGAGAAAAGAACAACUGAGGCAGAUUAUUGGCAUCGUUGCGACCGCCGCAUCUACCUUUGAUGAGGACGGCAUCUCGGUGCGUUUCAUGAACUCUAUGGAAAGAGGCGACGGCAUCCGUAAUGCGGAUGAUGUCAACAUGUUGGUCUCACGUGUCCGCUUCCAAGGGUUGACGCCGCUGGGGACAGGUCUGAAGAAUAAGGUUCUGGAUCCUCAGGUCGUGGGACCCGCCCGGGCAGGUCGCUUACAGAAGCCGGUACUUGUCAUUACCAUUACAGACGGACAGCCAGCCGGUGAACCUCUCGAUUGCGUGGCUAAUUCGAUUCGCUAUGCUGUUGACGAGGUAUCGCGAACCCCAUUUGGACGAGGUGCUGUUUCGUUCCAGUUCUCGCAGGUGGGCAACGAUGCCAAGGCACGUGAUUUCCUAUCCAGUUUGGAUGAGGACCCAAGCAUUGGAAAUUUGAUUGACUGCACUUCAAGUGGGUUGCUCAUACAUCUUCUGUAAAGUUAAUGGAGCUGUGCGCUAAUAACAUCCGGCAGACUUUGAGGUCGAGCAAGACGAGAUGUCUCGUGCCGUCCCCCCUGUGUAUUUGACUCGAGAGCUUUGGGUAAGUAGACACUACGCCAACAAAAGCCAGUGAAGACCGCAGACUAAGAAUUCAUAGUGUGCUAAAUUGAUGCUUGGUG